UGGUCAUCAUAUAUAUAUGAGAGUGGCUCUUCACUCUUGUUGGAGGUUUUUGUUCUAUGUUGCAUAAACUAUAGACAUUAAAGGCCACUUUCGUUUGUUAUCUUAAUUAUGGACAAGCAAAAGUCAAGAUCGUUUUGUUUUUGUAAGGCAGAUCGAUUCAUUACGUAAUUAACUAAGUAUUCACAAUAAUUAACGCUUAAUACGACACUGGCAUUCAGAGACCGAGUUAAAGUGUACAGUCAGCAUGUGAAUAAGGUUGAUUGCACGAGGGAAUAUUAUUACUUCAACUUUAGUUGCCAUUUCCUUUAUUUAAUUUUCACAAGAAAACAAGAAACAAUAGCCUCAUUGCUUAUAAAAUACUUGAGAUUUAUAAAGUUGCUUGACAUAUACAAAUUUAUUAAUUAUAGUAAAUAGUAAAUCGUACAUAAAGAAAUUGAAAAAUCAGAGAUUUAUUAAUUAUCUAAAUUUUAGAUUUAAUUUAUUUCUGUUAAACCUACAAUGACACACUAUUUGACUUAGCAUGUCUAAAUGAAACUGUUUUUUUUUUCUACGAUUAUGAAGAACUUAAGCUAAAUGUUAGCAUAAAUAAUAAUAAAAAUGGUUAAUAGAUUCAUAUUUUCAAAGGCUUGAUGCCACCGAGGAUCUACCUUUCCGAGUGAAAGAUUCCAGCCAAGCAAGCACUUGCCUCUGUACGGACAAUCCAAAACAUUGAAACAUAAACAAUUAAGCAAUGACUUCACUAUUAUCAUAUAUUAAACCCUCCCCUCACCUAGGCUUACUCUCACUCCUCUCUCUCUCUUGACUUUCCUCCGCCGUGAAAUGGGGAACUGUCAGGCGGUGGAGACGGCAACGACGGUGAUACAACGACCAGACGGCAAGUUGGAGAGGGUUUACAGCACAGUAACCGCUAGCGAGGUGAUUAAGUCUCAUCCUGGCCACCACGUCGCUCUUCUCAUCUCCUCUUACGUACCUCACGGUUGCUGUCUCCGCGUUACUAGAAUCAAACUACUUCGACCUUCUGAUAGUCUCUUGCUCGCCCAUGUCUGUAGGCUCAUCUGUUCGGAAGAGUUGAUGAAAGGAUUAAGAGCCAAGAAAUCUGAAAAGAUGAAGAAGAUCCAUGGAGAGGUUUCGGUUGCAGAAGAGGAGAUUAGCCCACUAACCCUAAGAUCAGAAUCUGCUUUUGAUAAAUAUAUUCAGAUAAGUGUACAUGAAAAGCAGAGAGAGACGAUGAACGCAAUAGCUACUAAUAAACUCAGAGCUUGGCAGCCUUCUCUUCAAAGCAUAUCAGAAUUCAUAGCCUUGUGUGUAUCCUUUCAUUUCUAAUGUUAUAGUGGUAACAGAUCUUCCAUUUGUAUAUGACAUUUAUCUUUUCCAUUAAGAUAAAGUUAUUGUUUUUAAAAAUAUGUUCUUUAAAAGAAAUCUGAUAACAUUUAAAAGUAAAUGCAAAGUAUAAUAAAACCUACCACAUGACCUUCAUAUAAAUAACCUUCUUUAUUAAAAAAAAACGAGAAUAUUAUCACUAGCUAUAUAUAUAUAUAUAUAUAUAUAUAUAUAUAUACGCUUUUAUCCAUAUAAGAAGAGUUAUUCUUGGGUUCAC